AUGGUGACCUUGUUAGACAGAUCAUCUCCAAUCAAGCUUGUUCAGACAAGUUGUUCCAGAAACAAAACCUCAGAUCAGAACAGUGAUAUAUUCUUGACCAAAUCAUCCGGCACAUUUUGUAGCCCUGAUUACGACACUUUUGGAACUUAUCCCAGAAACUCAACCUGUACAUGGAUCAUUUCUCUUCAAAAGAAGAGAGUAAAACUGGCCUUUCUAGCUUUUGAUCUUCAAAACGCGAGUCCAACUUGCCAAGAUAGCGAUUUUGUGUUAGUUCGGGACGGGGUAUACUCAAAUAGUCCAGUUCUUGGAACGUUUUGUGGUAACAGUAUUCCUAAUGAUGUCAUCUCAACUGGGAAUCACCUGUGGAUUCACUUCUGUUCAGACGGGUCUGCAGAGAAGCGAGGCUUUAAGGCGUCAUACACCACGUAUGAUACGUCGACCGUUUACCCAGACUUGUUUUCUCGACCAAUGGCUCUCUUAUUUGCAGUGAGGGAAACUUCUGAAGGCUGCUCGACAAACCGCACUACAGACGAGAAUGAUAGAAUUGAAAUCAGGGAACAGAAAGGUGAGCUUUCGAGCCCAGGAUAUCCUGAUUUCUUCAAGGACGACAUCCAAUGCACUUGGUACAUAUACGUCAAGAGGAGACACUCUAUUAAUCUCGAAUUUGAGUUCUUUGAUUUUGGAGAUUCCCCUUCGUGUUCAGACAAUCAGGAAGUUGCACAUGUGGAGGUGCGUGACGGAGUUCACCUUGAUGGUAAGCGGCUCGGUUUGUUCUGUGGUCACGCAACACCUGAAAAGAUCUCUACCACUGGCAACGAAAUGUGGGUGAGAUUUAAGGCAAACAAAUACAGAUCUGUGAAGUUUAAGGCGAAAUACAGAGCUGUUAAAGACCCUCCUCCUUUGAUACUGGUCAUCACAGGUGUAUCAACUAUGGUUGGUUUGAUGAUGAUUUUGUUAUUAUUAACUCUUUACCUUAAACGAAAACAUAGAAAUUCGGACGAAGAAAAUUCUUUGACACCUGACCCUGAAAACCAAGAAAGCGAACAGAACUACAAGGUUGGCGCAGCUACAACAACCGGGGAACACAUAGAUCUUCAAUUCUCUUCUGUAAUGGAGAAAACGGACAUGCGCAAGGAGUCAUUAUCAGAGCAGGAAUUGCUCACAUUGCAAUGUACUUCAUGUAAUGGAAAUGAAAGGAAACAGUCGCAGUCGCAUGGUACUUUUUCGCGGGAAAAUCUCACACCUAUUGCGGAGUACCACGAUCCUUAUACCGUUUGUGUCAUGAUGGACAGCCAAAUGGUUGUGAAUUUCCUGGCCUCUUUAUUUGCUUUCAUUGUAAUCUUGCAAACGACAAAUUCUUCAGCACAACGAACGAGUUGCAGCCGAUUUAAGAGAAAUAUCACAUUCAACGCAAAUGGCAAAUCAAUGAUCUUUCAAAGCCCCUCUUAUCCGGGCCAAUACAUUGUGAAUCUAAACUGUACCUACCUGUUCAAGGCUCCUGAAAACCAUAGGAUUGAGUUGUCCUUCAGCUCCUUUCAAUUAGAAGGUGCUUCUCCGCAAUGUGGGAAUGAUUAUAUUGUCGUCAGAGACGGUUCAAGUAAGGAGAGCCCAUUGAUCAAAACGUUCUGCGGAUCAAACAAGCCAGCUCCAAUUAUUUCUUCUGCAAAUUCACUCUACCUUUUCUUCGUUUCGAAUGAAAGAGAAGCCUUUGUUGGAUUCAAUGGAUCUUACAGAGUUAUUGAUGAAGUUGAGAUCGCCGAAUGCACCAAAGGAAAAACAAUUCCUCCACUUUUCACUCGUGGGUACCUCACAUCCCCGACGUUCCCAGCUAGGUAUCCACCAAACAGAGAAUGUUCGUGGACACUCCAGGCCCCAGCCGGCCACUUCAUGAAAUUGGUCUUCCGUGUGUUUCAGACCCAGUGCCCCGACGAUAAUGUUGUCAUUCGAGACGGCGAUCAAAAUGGCCAGGUGUUAGGUCAGUUUUGUGGUGAGCGCGAACUACCAGUCUUCCGCGCUCGAAAAUUGUGGGUGUCAUUCAAAUCUGAUGGAUCAUUUGCCUUGGGAGAAAAUGGCUUCAAUGCUACUUUCGAAUCACUACCUUUUAAAGGCCACAUUACCGACCACUGUAUUGGAGGAAGCAACCCAAUUAUCAACGCUUCCGUUCCGGGUACCAUUUCUUCCCCCUGGAUGCCCGAACUGUAUCCUAACAACAUGGACUGCACUUGGAGACUUCAGGCCCCCGUAGGAAAGAGAGUAAAUCUUAAAUUUGACAGAUUUGAUUUAGCGAAACCUUGCGGCGCGGACUUUGUUGAAGUUAGUGACGUCACUGCUGACGAAACCCGCUCGAAGGGUAAAUAUUGCGGAAAUUUUCCGGAUACCACAUCUGCUGGUGAGGAAAUUGACGUGAGAUUUGUUUCUAAUUCUCUAGGGCGCGAGAAGGGAUUUGUCAUGAAAUACGAGGCUGUCAAUAGAGGAUUUCAAUUGGCCUCUUCAAUGAUAGGAUGCUUUGGUCUUUACGCCCUCGCAAUUCUCACACAAGUUUAUUUUAUCACUGGAUGAGCAAGGACCUACAUGGAUGUUGAAUACUUCGACGACUUCCGUCACCAAUGUAAUGUCUUUAAACACAACCUCCUUCACAAGUACUCUGUACUCACUUUAUUGUCUUCCAAGGAAUCAAGUUGUCCUCCUAAAUUUUUUUUUUAUUAUUAUUGUUUUCGAAAAGAACUACGAAUCUCCUUGCAGUAAUAGAUGGUAAACUAAUAAAAUUAGAGACCGGGGGUCUCUGUUAUAUUCGCCUUUA